AUGACGGACAAGAACAAUGGAAAAGCCUGGGUAGUCAUGCCUCUCUACUAUUACCCAUUGGCAGAGAAGACAUGGAAACCGCUUCAUGAUGCGAUUUCAGCUCAUCCCGAUACCAACUUUCUCGUCGUGGUAAAUCCACGUAGUGGGCCGGGUGACUAUCCGCUACCCGGACAAGACUAUGUCCGUGAGAUACCGCGGCUGAACGCGUUCUCGAACGUCUGCACCGUGGGAUACGUCAAAAUAGACUAUUGCCGAAGACCAAUCGCCGAAACCUUCGCAGAAAUCCGGCAAUACGCCAACUGGACCACGCAUCACAGUGGCCUCUAUGUCGAAGGAAUCUACGUUGACGAGACACCGAACCACGUAUCCGCUGAGAGGUCGGUGUACCUGGAUGCGGUCGUCCAUAACCCUGGAACUCCUCCCGAAGGCGACUUGACUGCUUUUGGCAAUCCGGAUCUUGUAUGCAUUUGCGAGGAGCCCUAUCACAGACUUCGCAGCGAGAACUUGCAGAAGAGACUGGAAGAUUUUCGUAUCGAUCGGAGCCGUUCUAUAUAUCAGAUUUCUGGAGUUCCAGCUGGCGAAGUUGAGGAUGUCGCGCAAGAGUUGUGCCGACGGGGUCAGUACGUUUUCGUUACUGAUCUAGUGGACGACUUCUACGAGAGCUUCGGUCCAAGUUGGAACGAGUUUGUCGGGGCAGUUAAUCGGUCUCGAUGUGUUGAAGUAAAAUGA